AUGGAGCAUAAAGGAGAAACGCGAAAUAAAACACAGUUUGGAAGGGAUCUCCCCUUCGCAGAACAAGGCAAGAAAUCGUUGAGGCUGUCGCAAAUAGGUUCUCCUGGCUCCUGUCUUGAAGAUUUCCGGGCUACGCCAUUCAUCGAAUGCAACGGUGCUCGUGGUAGUUGCCAUUACUUUGCAAACAAAUUUAGCUUCUGGCUUACAACAAUCGAAGACGAUCAGCAGUUCAAGAUCCCAGAGAGUGAGACACUGAAAUCGGGAAGUUUACGAACACGGGUCUCCCGGUGUCAGGUGUGCAUCAAAGCUCCAGAGCCGAGCCAGUACCGCGGAUAA